GAAAGACAGUAAGAUAUUAACUCUGCAUGUAAAUGAUUGAAUGGCGUCUUUGGGCGUGUUGAGCUGGAGGCAGCAGGACACAGAACAUACUUCAGACUUUGGCCGUCAAAUCCAGUUGAAGCAGUGCCGAUGUGAAGCGCUUGGAAGCGGUAACACAGGUCAGUGUGUGGGUGAGUGGAAUUACUGGAAGUGGUAGUGUUGUAUGCUUUGCUUGUGAUGUGCUGACAUUCCCAGGAUAAGAAGUGAUGGCUGGGAUACACGAGCCACUGUUGGCACUGAUACUCCUCGCCUCCUCUGGCCUCCAUUGCUACUCACCUCAACCCUCCUGUCCGGACUCCUGCUCCUGCCCACAACCUUCCGUGUUGAACUGCUCCUUCUCUAGUCUCUCUGUGAUGUCGCCGCAGCACAUCCAGGACUACGUCACCGAGCUGGACUUCUCUCACAACCUCCUGGAAGGGGCCGCGCUGCUCCGGCCGCAUCGCCAUCUCCAAAGUGUGCGGCUGGGCAACAACACCAUCGUGCACCUGUCCCUCUGCAUCCAGAGGCACCGCCGUGUCAAAGAUCAUGGGUGUGUUGCCUGGGCCCCCAACCUGCAGCUGCUAUCUGUGGAGAGGAAUCUGUUACGGCAACUCCCACAGGGAUUGCAUGCUCUUGAGGCCUUGGAGGUCCUGAAGCUGUCCUUUAACAGCAUCUCAAGUAUUCGACCUGGUGAGCUCCGUAACCAGCGUCAGCUGAGGGAGUUGCACCUUCAACACAACCUCAUCAGCAGCCUGCCGGCGUACACCAUCCAGCAUUUAGAAAAGCUCAAGGUCCUCGAUGUAAGCUUCAACAAGAUGACCAGCCUCCAUCCUUCACUAUAUCUCUCUCUGCGUAACAUCGGUGCUGAUGUUAGCAUGGUCGGCAACAAGUGGCGCUGUGACUGCAGCAUGCGCAGUAUAAGAAGAUGGAUGGCCCACCACAGGAGCAGAGACCUUCAUUCCGGGAGUUUGAUAUGCGCUUCCCCGCCCGUCCUCGCAGGCACAGACUUGUUACAGCUGGAGGACGAUGAUCUGAACUGCUGGAGGCCUGAAACUGAACCACAGCUCCACCAAGACAUGAUGGUGGAUGAAGGCUCGGAGGUUCUGCUGUCUUGCGCCACAAAAGAUGCAUUCUGGUGGACACCGAGUGGUCUGGCUGUGAACAAACCUCAGUCUACCCUCCUCAUCAGUGAUGUUACAGUGCAAGACACGGGACUUUACCUGUGUUUGUCUAAGGAACAUGAGGUUGUAUCAGUCUUUUAUCUCCAAAUCAGACUGAACAGAAAACCUCGAAGUAUAUCUGGAAGUAGCCAGCAAAUGAUCCCACAAGUACCUGCAAGGAGGGCAGCUGAAAAAAGGAAUCAGAGUGUCACGAACUCUGACUUGACGUUAGCAGUCUGUCUAUCAGUCUUCAUCACGUUUCUGGUCGCCUUCAUCCUUGGAGUACUCGCAAGACCUUGUAUCGAUGUUCUCUGGAGAAGGAUCACCAGAAAGAAAAGCUCCUCAGCAUCCGACUCUGUCUCAUCUGCGAGACAAUAUGACAAUGAGGCCUACUCUGAAAGCGAGGACAAGGAGGAGGUACGAGCUCACAGGGAAAGAAGAGUCACAUUUAGCAGAGUGGACUUUAGGGAGGACAACAAUGUGAAAUAUUACGACACUGUCGCCAGCAGUGGACAGGAAAGAAAAACAAAUGGUGCGGUCAUGGAAUGUGAGACAGUGAUGGUUGAGAAGCACAGAGAGGACGAUUCAGAAGGUCAUUCUGACAGGAGUGGUUCAGAGGAUAUGAGAGAGCCAUCAGGCCAAAAACUCGAGGUUGUGGACAUUUCAAGUGGCAGUGAACUGGAGAAGAGAAGGAGAGGUUCAUCAUGCAGCUCUGGUUCCUCACUUUCUGACAAUGUAUCACACAAGGUCCAAAUUACCCACAACUCUUCUCAGCGGCAAGAGGACACAGUUCAACAGAGAGCUUACUCCUACAAGUCAAAAGCUGCACCUCAAAUUUCAAUCGAUGGUAUGAAAUCAAUGGAUGAAAUCAAUGGAUUUGACUCUGAACCGCACACAAACAUUGGUGGCCCAGUAGCAGUUCCUGAGCUGUGGCAGGACGGUGAAGAACAGUUUGAUUUUAGCGAUUCUGUCCGCAGCACAUCUCCAAGAACCAGCAGCCGCAUUAGCUCUUUUAAUUAUUCCAAACAAAUUUUGAAAUCAGAAAGACUAAAGAGAGAGGGCUCUUCUGGCUCCAGCUCAUAUGUCAGUGACAAUGAACCUUCACAUUACACAGUCAAUCCAGACUCAGAGGAUGAGGAGGAGGAAUUAGGAAAAAGCCACAGAGAAGAAAAGGUCUCUGAUGGCAGAUUGCCACCACUGAGACCAAAGUACUCCUCUUCCCCUCAGUCCAGUGACACUGAUGAGGAUUCCGGUGAUUAUCCAGCUCAUCAAUCCUCUUCCAGCAGUGAGAGUGAUGACGAACAGACCCCAAAGAAGCCCACUAUAGUUGUAGAUGUUAAGUCACCAUCAGCAAAGUCAUUCUCCAGUGAAGUUAGUGAGUUUGAUGCAAUGCAUUACGUAAAAAGACAACAGGCAACUAUGAAAAAUGACUCCGAAACACACUGGCCUACCAUCAACGUGGAGCAGAUUCCACGAACUAAUAGGCAUCUAGAUAUUAAAAUAACUCAUUCAUCCUCAAGCAGUGACAGCGAAGAUAGCACAAGACUGGACCCAGAGUUGUGGUGGCCUGCAAUCAACCUUGAAUGCACAAUACGUGUCAAGAGGUGUUUGGAUAUCAAGGUGCCUGGAGGUGACGGUCAAAUGGAAAAUCUCAGGGAGAUGUCCAGGCCAGGGUUGGUGGGCAUGUUAGGAAUCCCACCUUUGAGUUCUAGCAGUGACAGUGUGGACAGGAUAAAGGACAUAAAAGUCUCUUAUAAAGGGGAGGCUACCAAUGCACGGCAUCCCACCAAAGAAAGUUGGCCAGUGCUUGAUCUUGAGCAUACCAUCCCAGUCCAGAGACAUUUAGAUAUUAAAACACCAUCACUAACCUCAGACUCAUCAUCUGGUAGCGACACUGAGGAUGAAUCAAUACACAUCACAGAGCUACCACACAAAGUGGGCACAUCAUGGCUUCAAUUUCAAGAAGUCCCACCAGAGACAGAAACACAUUGGCCUUCCAUCGACCUUCAGAAAAUUCCUCGCAUCAAGAGGCGUCUAGAUAUAACAUCAAUGCUUCGUGGUUCCAGUGACAGUAAGACACAAGGUCCUUGGCCCUUGCUUAAUCUUGAGGAUUCUUUCAGAAUAAAAAGGUCUCUAGAUUUCACAGUUCCGUCACCAACGUCAAAUUCAUCUUCCAGCAGUGAUAGUGAGGAUGAAAUUACAAACCACAUCACAAAACAGGUGCCGGGGGCCACAAAUAUAACAAGGUACCCCAUUAAAAGGCCACCAACAUCGAGUUAUGAACCACAAGGACUUUGGCCCACACUUGAUCUUGAGGAUUCUUUCCGAAUUAAGAGGUGUUUAGAGUUCAAAGUGCUGUCACCAAUUUCAGAUUCUUUUUCCAAUAGCGAUAGUGAAAAUGAAACUUUGAUUCGCUUCACAAAACAGCAGCAAGGGGCCACAAAGGAAGCUAGGAACCCUGUUAAAGUAUCGCCAACAAGCCAUGAACCACAAAGACGCUGGCCCUCACUUGAUCUUGAAGAUUCUUUCAGAAUUAAAAGACAUUUAGAUUUCAAAGUGCCAUCGCCAAAUUCAGAUUCAUUGUCCAGCAGCGAUAGUGAGGAUGAAACUACAAACCACAUCACAAAACAAGAGCAAAAGGUAGUCACAAAUGCAGCUAUGAACCCCGUUAAAGUAUCAUCAGCGCCAAGUCAUGAACCACAAAGACUUUGGCUGUCUGUUGAUCUUGAAAGUUCUUUCAAAAUUAAGAGGCAUUUAGAUUUCAAAGUGCCAUCACCUGCUUCAGAUUCAUUGUCCAGCAGUGACAGUGAACAUGAAAAAACUAAUCAUGUGAUAAAACAAGAGCAAGGGGUCACCAACGUAACUAAGUAUCCCAUUAAAGAGUCACCAACACAAAGUUAUGAACUACAAGGGGCCACAGAUAAGUACCCUGUUAAAAUAUCACCAACAUCAAGCCAUGGCCCACUAGGACCUUGGCCCACACUUGAUCUUGAGGAUUCUUUCCGAAUCAAGAGGAGUUUAGAUGUGAAAUCCUCGUCAACAACUCCAGAUUCAUUAUCCAGCAGUGACAGUGAACAUGAAACAACUAAUCAUGUCACAAAGCAGGAGCAAAAGACCGUAAAUUUAACUAGGAACCCCAUUAAACUAUCACCAACACAAAGUUGUCAACCACAAGAACUUUGGCCCAAACUUGAACUUGAGGACUCUUUCCAAAUCAAGAGGCGUCUUGACAUCAAAACGCCAUCACUUGCUUCAGAUUCACCAUCCAGCAGCGACAGUGAACAUGAAACAACUAAUCACGUGAUAAAACAAGAGCAAGGGGUCACCAAUGUUACAAAGCAUCCCAUUAAAGAGUCACCAACACCAAGUUAUGAACCACAAGGACUUUGGCCCACACUUGAUCUUGAAGAUUCUUACCAAAUUAAGAGGCGUUUAGAGUUCAAAAGGCCAUCACCGAGUUCAAAUUCAUUCUCCAGCAGCGACAGUGAGAAUGAAACAACUAAUGGCAUCACAAAACAGGAGCAAAGGGCCACAAAUGUAGUUUGGCAUCCCAUUAAAGGAUCCCCAACACCAAGUCAUAAACCCCAAAGGGCUUGGCCCUCACUUGAUCUUGAGAAUUCUUUCAAGAUAAAAAGACGCUUAGAUUUCAAAGUGCCAUACCCAGCUUCAGAUUCAGGGGCCACAGAUAAGUACCCCGUUAAAAUAUCACCAACAUCAAGCCAUGGCCCACUAGGACCUUGGCCCACACUUGAUCUUGAGGAUUCUUUCCGAAUCAAGAGGAGUUUAGAUGUGAAAUCCUCGUCAACAACUCCAGAUUCAUUAUCCAGCAGUGACAGUGAACAUGAAACAACUAAUCAUGUGGUAAAACAAAAACAGGGGGUCACCAAUGUAACUAGGCAUCCCAUUAAAGGGCCAGCAACACCAAGUUAUAAACCACAAGGACUUUGGCCCACACUUGAUCUUAAAAAUUCUUACCAAAUUAAGAGGCGUUUAGACUUUAAAAUGCCAUCACCGACUUCAGAUUCAUUGUCCAGCAGCGACAGUGAGAAUGAAUCUACUAAUUGCAUCACACAACAGGAGAAAAGGGCCACAAAUGUAGUUUGGCAUCCCAUUAAAGGAUCCCCAACACCAAGCCAUAACCCCCAAAGACCUGGGCCUUCAAUGGAUCUUGAAGAUUCUUUCCAGAUGAAAAGACGUUUAGAUUUCAAAGCGCCAUCCCCAAGUUCAGAUUCAUCAUCCAGCAGUGACAGGGAACAUGAAACAUCUAAUCAUGUGAUAAAACAAGAGCAAGGGGUCACAAAUGUAACUAAGCAUCCCAUGAAAGGGCCACCAACACCAAGUUAUAAAGAACAAGGGCUUUGGCCCACACUUGAUCUUAAAAAUUCUUACAAAAUUAAGAGGCGUUUAGACUUUAAAAGGCCAUCACCAACAUUAACUUUAUUGUCUAGAAGCAACAGUGAAGAUGAAACUAUGAAUCGCAUCACAAAACGGGAGCAAAGGGCCACAAAUGUAGCUCGGCAUUCUAUUAAAGGAUCCCCAACACCAAGUCAUAAACCCCAAGGACCUUGGCCCUCACUUGAUCUUGAGGAUUCUUUCCGAACCAAGAGGCGUUUAGAUGUCAAAUCUACCUCCCAAACAUCAGAUUCAUCCAGCAGCGACUGUGAACAUAAAGCAAAUAAUCACACCACAAAACAGAAGCACAAGACCACAAGUGGAACUAGUUACCCCAUUAAAGGACCAACACCAAGUUAUGAACCACAAGAACUUUGGCCCACACUUGAACUUGAGGAUUCUUUCCAAAUCAAGCGGCAUCUUGACAUAAAAGCACAAUCACCUGCUUCAGAUUCAUCAUCCAGCAGCGACGGUGAGCAUGAAACAACUAAUCAUGUGAUAAAACAAAAACAGGGGGUGACAAAUGUAACUAGCUAUCCCAUUAAAGAGUCACCAACACCAAGUUAUGAACCACAAGGACUUUGGCCCACACUUGAUCUUGACGACUCUUACCGAAUUAAGAGGCAUUUAGACUUCAAAAGACCAUCUCCGGCUUUAGAUUCAUUGUUCAGCAGCGACAGUGAGGAUGAAACUACUAAUCACAUCACAAAACAAAGGGCCACAAAUGUAGCUCGACAUCCCAUUAAAGGAUCCCCAAAACCAAGUCAUAAACCCCAAGGAUCUUGGCCCUCACUUGAUCUUGAGGAUUCUUUCCGGAUAAAAAGACGUGUAGAUUUCAAAGUGCCAUUAUCAACUUCAGGUUCAUCAUCCAGCAGUGACAGUGAACAUGAAACAACAAAUCGCAUCACAAAACUGGAGCAAAAGACCACAAAUGUAACUAGGCACCCCAUUAAAGCACCACCAACACUAAAUUAUGAACAUCAUGGACUUUGGCCCACAGUUGAACUUGAGGAUUCUUUCCGAAUCAAGAGGCGUCUUCACAUCAAAGUGCCAUCACCUGCUUCAGAUUUAUCACCUAGCAGCAACAGUGAGGAUGAAAAAAAGUCAGUGACGGUCCACACUACAAGCCAGGAUCAGGGUGCAAGGUGGCUUGCACUUGAUCUUGAUCUUAAACGUAAUCCUCGCAUCAAGAGGCGACUAGACAUCAAAGCCUCAUCGCCCCCUCCUAUUUGUACUACGAGCAGCGAUAGCAAGGGGGAACCACCAGCCCACGUUGAGACUUUUGCAGAAGUUUCUGCAGGAACACAGUGGCCCUCCAUAGAUAUUGGUAGAGGUACUCGCAUUAAGCAGCGCUUGGACUUUAUACAGGCAUGGCCCUCUGUUGACAGAAAAGACCAUACAUUGGGAGGAAACCCACCAAGCAGCUCAGACGAGCAAGACGAUAUACUGGAACUUGGCAGUGUCACAAAGACGACACCCUGGCUAAAUUUGGGCAUUAACAGACGUUUGGAAAUCAGAGCACCGUCACUGCAAUCACAUCUUGGUCCUGGCAGCAUUUCUUCUGAGGCUCUGUAUUCCGACUAUUCCACAAGUGAUGGAGAGGACGAGAACAGAGAUCCUAAAGACACACCCAAGAGCCACAAGAAAGAUGCCAACAUCAAAUUAGAAAAGUACUUUGUUGUUACAGAAGAUGUGGGAGAUAAAACCACAAGUAUGACACCAGAGAUAAACCCUGAGCUUCAGUCGCGGUGGGCCAACAUGCACCUUGGAUUUUCCCGCUUCAGAAAACGUCUUGAAAUUACAUCACAUGCAAGUGAUAGCAGCGGAAUCAAACACAAGGAAUCACCUCUGACCACAGAGUCCAAACACAUUAUGAAAGGUCGAGACAACACCGACAACCCAGGAGAAAGGGAAAGAGGAUUUAGAAAUGGCAAAAGCAUCCCCGCAUCUGAGGGGAUGUCUUCUGCUAGUCUAAAAGAACUGAGCUCAUCUUCCAGCAGUGAGAAUGAAGCAGAAUCAAUAUAUUAUAUCAGGCAAAAAAACAAAUCCCAGACUCCUUCAUCUCUGUAUGCAAGCCACAGAGCCCCUACCACAUUAACAACAGAUGACUCCGAAGUCAGCAUCUUCCCUCAUGCAAAUAUCAGCACAACCUCACAGAGACAACCGAAGGAAUCGGAUGGGACUCUGGAAAAAAGACUAUCGGACCAGACUCCCAUGAAGACACCAGAGUCCACAGAUCACCUGUUAACCCAAAGAACGGUGGAAGAAAAUGACGUGAUAGAUGGCAAAGCAAGGGCAUCAGGUGUCAACAACUCACCGAUACAAUACAGGCGCCUGAUUAUGAAAGCUUCAUCCCAACCAAAUAAUACCUCCUCCACCAGCGAAAUGACUACACAAUAUAGUUCUUCCUACAGCACAAGAUAUCAGUACCCAUCUCUUGGCCCAAGGAUGGUUCCCAGUCCGAGCUUUCAGGACGUGCUAAAAAAACAGUUUCGACCCUUCAGGAGCAACCCAGAGGCGCUACAAGCCGAGACGCAGUCGACCAGUGUUGGCAGCAGACUGUCUGAUCUCUCCAUUGGCAGUCUGAGAAGGAUCCGAGAUGUAAGCCCAUCAUCUACCCUUGCUGGAUCUUUUACUGGCCAGCAGCAGGAAGUACAGAUCACAAACGUGAUGCCCAGCAGUGGUUCUUUGUCAUCACUCAGCACAGAUGCAAUGGGGAAGAACGCACCCGACAAAAGGGAGAGAGGACUAAGCGCCCUGAAAGCCAUGUCAUCUGAGAGACAAACAUGGGACAGAGAAGAACAAAGUGUGGACCCAAUCCCCCCAAGUGACACACCAGCAAGUUUCCAGCAUGAGUCAGAACUGCUACACUCUUCUCGCUCAGCAGGCAGCAGGAGGGUCACAGAUUUUCCCUAUGACAUUCCCCAAUACAGGACACACACACAGCAGGCUCAGGAGAAUCCACCUCCUAUUCCGGAGACACCACCACCGGAUGAGGCCACGGAGUUAAGGUGGAGCUCAUCCCAGAAACAGGAAAAGAGAGGUUUCUACUCCUCAAACAUCAGUCAAGUUUAGUAGAAACCAAAAAGGACAGGCACCCAGGUUGGGGUUUUUUUGGGGUAAAAUGCAAUAAGCUAUUUUAUUGUCAAAUAGAUAUUUAUUAAUUAAAAAUUGAUAUUGUUAAUUGUGUAUUGUAAUGAAAAGCCUUUCCUAUGUUGCUCUAAGUUCAAUUUCUGGUUCUAUGUAAUCGUCACACUUCUCUUUGAAGUUUGAGAAAAAGCAAAACACUACUUGUUCACAAAAUUUAAGAUUUUGAUAUUUUUGUGCAGUUUUUGAGCCUUGAUUUGUCAAAAAAUUGUGAAAUUGUAACACUUUUGGGGCGUUUGCGGUUUGAGGUUGCAUUGUAGGUUUGUUCAAGAGCUAAUAUAUAUAUACAUAUAUUGCUAAUGAGAAUGCUAAAUGACAUGUAAAAAGCUUUGCAUUUAAUACAUUUUCACUACCUUCUUACCCUUUUUUGGUAAAUGAGUUAUUUUUUCAUGAUUCUUUCAUCAUCUUCUGCCUGAUUUCUUCUUUGUACGUGUUCAAAAUAAACUACAAACUGGGCUAAGUUAAUAAACCCUUUUUAUUUAAGUAUAUAGACAUAGGUUAUAGUGAAAACCAACAUAUAGACACUUAGUUUACAUACAUAUAUACAGUUGGGACAAGCGUGUUCAUCAACCUGUAUUGACAUGAGAGAAUACUAAAAGACAUUAAAACUAUAC